UAACAGUAGGCAGAAAUCACGUGCUCUAAUCACAUGACCACCAUCUCUUUCUCUUAGUUUCAAAGCAGUUACACGAGUUAGGUAAUGUGAAUAUGUGGAUCUUUGUCUCUACAUAUGAUAUUGUAUCAUUGUUUCAAUGUAGAUGCUGAGGAAUAUCAUCAUCAUCAGUAAAUGAUUAAGAAUAAGAUAAGUAUCUCACCAUCUGAUUAAAUAGCAAUAGUCAAAGUAAGAUCACGUGAUCAGAUCCCAAUAACUAUGUGUUCAAACACACACAAGUCUUUUUCUAUAAAACCAACAAAGCUUUAGAAGUCUCUCGUCCCUCUCUCUCCCUCUUUCUCCAACUCACAUCUCUAUCCAAUAUUUUCUCAGUUACAGUCACAAGUUAAGAGGUUGCAAGAGUCCUAACGGAAUUACAAGAAGAAAACUCACAAUGAAAAGAUACUGUUCAGUGGCUCUGGUUCUGUUACUUGUAGCUUUCUUUAGCAGCAAGUAUAGUGUAGAAGGCCGUUCUCUGUUAACGAUGACACAUUCGAGUCAAGCUCAGAGAGAUUUGCAUGUAAGCAAGGAGAUGAAGAAAGAGCCACUUAAGGGAGAAAAAGAUAGCUUCAGAAGAAUCCCAAGGAGUGGCUCAAACCCUAUACAGAACAAGUGUAAUCCACCGGUAGAUGUUAAAGGAAGUAGGAACCAGCAGAUCACAGCAUCAAGAAAACCUUAAAUUUUAGUUCUUUUUCUUUUUGUCCUUCUUAGAUCCUCUACUUUUUUUCUUUUUUUCAUAGAAUAGGUUAUCUAGACAUGUGUGUUCUUAAUGCUGUAAUCUACUUGAAAUAUAUGAACUCAUCUUUUAAUCUUAUUGAUCAAGAAAAUGCCUAACUCGAGUAGUCUAACUUUCAAAUU